AGAGAGAGAGAGAGAAGAGUUGCAGACAGAGGGGGGGGACGACGUCGAGAUAAUUCUCGCGCACACAGAUGCGAACACCGCGGACACUGAUGUGAAGCAGAGUCGUUCCGUUUGAGGGUGCCGGUUCUCGACUGGUUUAGGUCUAAGCUUAGGCGGCUUAGACUUGGCUGGCAGCAGGAUGAUGUACUCACCGGACAAGAUGAUGGGGAGCAAGGGGCUCCACGGGGCACCGAUCACCGCCCCUGGCUGUUUCCCUUCGGGAAGGUACUCGCCGCCUCCUUAUCGUGCCGCACCGGACCCCAUGCCGCCGCCGCCGCGACGCUGUAUGCCCAAUCCUACAAGUCGUAUAUUGGAAGAUGCCUCCAUUAUGUGCAAUUCCUGGUCGCCGAGGCAUAACGGUGACUUGUUCGGGGGUCUGAACAGCGGCCUACAAGACGGCUUACUUUCGAGGGCGGAAGCUUUGGCGGCGGAUUUGGGAAAACACAACGCGGGCACCCCAAUGCCUUUGAAGCACGACCCCGUUUCGGUCUAUCAUCAUGGAGCCCACAUGCCGACCCCCCAUCCGAAUAACCGGCCGCAUCAUCAGAUGAGCCAUCCGGGGAUG